GAGAGAAGCAUCGCUCUGCAACGUGAGGCUCCACAUGGGAGAUCCUAUGAAAGCUCUUUCUGGAGACAUGAGGGCUGUUUUGUCCUACUGCCAAGAAGAGUUUCAGUUCAAUGUCUUUCCCAAACUCAAAUCUUGCUGGUCAAAUAGAGGUGGUGCUGAAGUCCACAGGGGACCCACUCUACCUCAGAAGCCAUCACCAUCAUCGCAGACACUCUGCAACCUGCCUAACGGUUGGGCUCCCAUGUCAAUAGGUCUGCCCCCCGCAAAGAAACCUGUGAGUUGGAGGAGACCGUCUGUGGUUGGGGCUGGACUGCAGAACCUGGGGAACACGUGCUAUGCGAAUGCGGCGCUGCAGUGUCUGACGUACACACCACCCCUCGCCAGCUACAUGCUGUCCCAGGAGCACUCCCGAAGCUGUGGGAGGCAGCCAUUCUGCGUGCUGUGUGCUCUGCAGGCUCACGUGACCCGGGCCCUCUGCCGCCCUGGGCAUGUGAUCCCCCCGCCAGAACUGCUGGCUGCCUUCCACACACACACACACACACACACACACACACACACACACAAGCAGGAAGAUACCCAUGGGUUUCUGAUAUUCACUCUGGAUCCAACGCAGCAAGCGCGUUUGCGUGAGGACAAGACUUCAAGACCCCCUCUGUCUGAGGACCUCACCCUCAUCUGGCAAAUCUUUGGAGGGCACUGGAGGUCUCAAAUCCAGUGUCUCCACUGCCCUGGCGUUUCCAGCACUUUGGACCCUGACCUGGAUGGCAGGGCAGCUCACAGUGCGAGCCAAGCUUUGCUCCAGUUGGUGAAGCCUGAAAAGCUGGAUGGUGAAAAUGCCUAUCAUUGUAGUACUUGCCUAGACAAGGUACCUGCUUCCAAGACGUUAACUUUGUACACUUGCCCCAAGGACCUAAUGCUGGUAUUGAAAUAAUUCUCAGAUUCCACAGGCAGCAAACUGGCUAAGGAAGUGCAAUAUCCUGAGCGCCUUGACCUGCGACAGUGCGUGUCUGAGCAGAAGGCGGGAUUGAUAAUUUACCUGCUCCAUGCCACGCCGGUGCAUCCGGGGAGGAAGUGUCACAGCGGACAUCACUUCUGUUACAUCAAAGCUGGGAAUGGCCAGUGGUACAAAAUGGAUGACACCAGUGAUGUGACUUCUGCCCUGAGCCAACAUGCCUAUGUCUUCUUUGACACCCAGACGAGUGAAUUGGAAAGACCAGGGAGUGAACCAGGCAGUGGGGAGACCACAUCACUCCAGGCUGACCAUGCAGACAUGGCUGUGGCCCAAGGGGGGGGUGAGGGGGCUCACGUGGACCCCAGCAUCAAAGUUCCAGACUUGGAGGACCACGUGGAAGAGACACCAGUGCAACCAAUCACGUUAGACCAGUGGAGAGUCUUCCAAGAAAGCCACCAUCCCAAGUCUGAAUUCAACCUCAGGAAAACAGAAUUUGUUCUUCCCGCCCACGCAGUCCUAAUUCACCAGUCCAAAUACAGAGAGGAGAUGGAAAAGGAUCAUCCUGAACAAAACAUCUACCGGCUCAACAACUUAGCCAGGGACAUCCCACCUCGGAGGGCAACAAACAUCGGCAAAGUCCCUUGUCUCACAGGCAGAGCCAGAGCUACCAAGAGGAAGAACAAGAAGGGACAGAGGUCUUGGGAAGCAGUCCAGGGAUCUGAGUGCAGGCUUUAAUGCACACACCUGCACACAUACACACUCAGCCACAAACAUUCACUCACGGCCCCUUGUAGGACAUUAUGUGUGAUCUGGACAUGUGGAGGGGCCAUCUAUCUGGCUGUGUUCAUGACAUAUGGCAUUCAACUUGACCUGGAGAAUACUGAGCUAUAAGGCUGGCUGUCUACGAUGAUGUUAUUGGAGAGUUUUAGGUCUGUUACUGGAUACUUGGAGGAUUUCUCUCCCCCGUCAGCACCAAGGAGCACUGGGGGGCUAUCGGAGCCUGAAAGGGCCAGAGGAAGUGGCCAGUCGGGCAUGAAGGGUGGAAACAAGGCUGAGCACCUGGAGUCCCUGUGAAAAUGCCUGAUACUCACGGUCCUAUCAUCCCAUCCCUUACUCUCUGUUUAUUUCUAAAGUACAUUUGCCCAAAGAUAUUCACGUGUGGACGCUAGGUAAAGAUGUGUUUGGAAAUAUCCAAACAUGCACCAACAGAAGAAGGAGUUUGAAACAAACUCAGUGCUUCCACACAGAGAAAUGGCAAACGACCAAGAAACUGGAUGAACUACAGUUCCAACUGAAGGCAGACAGACUUUUCAGCAAGUUUUUGUGUCAAAGGGGAGGAACAGAAGUAAACAGCAAUUGGUUAAUUGUGCAAAGUUUUUACUUGCAUAAAUAAUAUAUAUUCUGUAAAGUCUACACAUGUCAACGUGAACAUUGGCUGAU